AUGCCACUACAAACACAUAUCCACAUCUCAAGCGAAAAGGGCUUGUCAAGUAUCACCACCUUGAUUGUCGGCAGCAAGAGCGCUGUUUUAAUCGACGCUCCCUUCCUGAUCCCCGAUGCCAAAUCUGUAGUUCAAUGGAUCAAAGACACGACAUCCGUUCCGUUGAAAGCAGUCUUUGCAACUCAUCAUCACCCAGACCACUUCUUCUCCGCCAAUCCGAUUCUAGAAGCAUUUCCCAAGGCGAGAUUUCUAGCAGCACCAUAUGUUCGUGCGGCCAUCGAUCGCGAAUAUGAGGAAAAGGUCAAGUACUGGCCUGAGGUAAUGGGCAAGGAGAUGGUGCCUGAGAAGCCUAGGAAGCCGGAUGUGUUUGAGCAUAGCUUCUUUGUGCUUGAUGGUGAUGAGGGGUCGCCGAUUUGCUUGCUUGGACCUGUCCAAGGUGAUUCGGUGGAUCAGACGUUGUUUUGGUUACCGUCAGAGAAGACGGUGGUCUGUGGCGAUGUGAUUUAUGCUAGAAGCACGCAUGUUUGGGCUGCCGAGAUAGAAACGCCGCAGAUCUUGUACGCCUGGCAAAAAUCGCUCAAUCUAAUCGCAUCGUUGAACGCCACCAAGAUCAUACCAGGUCAUCUGGAAAGGGGCUGGGAGAUGGAUGGUCAGGCGGAUCUGGAACACACUCGCAAGUAUCUCCAGCUCUUCGACGACCUCAUUCAGAAUGCUUCGGAGAAGUACAAGGUCGAAGCGCUGUAUCAGAAGUUCAAGGAGGCUUUCCCCAGAGCAGAUAAGAACCUUGACUUCUUUCUCGGUCAACUGAGUAACGCCUUUGGAGAAGGAGGGCAGAAGUGGGAGGAGAACAGACAUCAUAAUGUCGACCAGCGUACUCAGGAGCAGCUGGAAGGCUUCAUUAUCUGA